GAGGCAUAUUCCACCAUCUCUAACGGAAUAUGCACGAAACAGAAUGUGCUCAUGGCCUUUACGACAGAAUGUUCUCCUUCGUUUAGGUUAAGAAGCCCAUCGGAUUGGAGGCUCUAUCUCCAUCAAGAGUGUUUUUUGCGCUGCGCUGCGCUCGCGGCCAGGUAUUUUGUUUCGGCGAUUGAUGCCAGAUCGAUCCAGCGAGCAAGCUCCUUUUGCUGCCGCGAGGAGGUCCGGCUAGGGUUGAGAGGAUUCUCGCUCUCCAUGGCGAGAUUGUAGCUAGAUUAGCGUAGGGCGGCGGCGAUAAUGAAGCUCCGCCAUGCUAUGGUGUGUGCCUCCAAUCAGAAUCGGAGUAUGGAAGCUCACGCCCUCUUGCAAAGAGAAGGCUUAGAUGUGAGCUCGUAUGGAACAGGCAAUCAAGUGAAGCUCCCGGGGCCAACGAUUCGAGACCCCAAUAUCUACCAGUUUGGAACGCCGUAUACUGCGAUAAUCGAAGAUCUCAAGAACAAGGAUCCCGACUUAUACAAAAGGAACGGCUUGCUACCGAUGCUCAAGCGUAACGCGAGUGUCAAAGACGCUCCCCAGCGCUGGCAAGACAACGCUGGCGAUGGCGCCUUCGAUGUGGUGCUGACUUUCGAGGAGAGAGUUUUCGACCUUGUCAACGAAGAUCUCCAAAACCGCGAGCAAACGCUCUUCAAGACGGUGCUGGUCGUGAACUUGGACGUCAAAGACAACCACGAAGAAGCAGCGGUUGGUGCCAAGCUCGCGCUGGAUUUGUGCAAAAAGGUAAAAUUCCUCUCCCUCGAUCCCAAUCUUGAUCCUUCGCGAUGCUUGCUAGAGAUUUUCCGUGUGGUGUUUGUCCCGCUAACACUCCUUAGAAAGAAGAUGACAAACGAAAGAGGAUUUUUUUCUUUCAUCUCCACUCCAAGCUCGAUAGAAUGAAUCGAUCUGGAAGAUCGCUCUUGGAAAUCGAUGUGGUUGACGGAGGCACGGGAUAUCACUAAACCCUAUCAAUGAAAGAAUGAAAAUCCAUCCAUUGCUAUGUACAUAGCGAGUUCUUUAAACUUCUGGGGGAGUUUACACCACACUACUAAAGAAAGAUCACGAUGGUUUGUGUUC